CUUUCCUUCAAGACUUCACUGCCGCGUCAUCUCGAAAUUUUCACCUCCAGUCAUUAAACCCGUUUUCGAUACUCAGGGCUACCAUUUUGAAGUUUGGGCUUGAGAAUUUCGUCAAGUUGUUUUACAUUCUUGAAUCGUCAUGUUGGUUCAGUGUAUGAUCCUUCAUUCUCUGAUGAUGGUCGCUGGAGGACAGCUGCUCGCCAGAGGAUGGGCGCCGGCAAGUAAUCUUCUUCUGUCCGGUUCAAAGGGUCUCCAGAGGUACAUCUCGUACUCCGACAGCGUGAGUGCCGGAGCGGCCACCGCCAUGAAGGAGUGCCGGCACAGGUUCCAGUGGGACCGCUGGAACUGCCCGGAAGGAUCGCUUGCCCUCUUCAACGAACCCCUUCCUACCCGUGAGAUGUCCUUCGUUCACGCCAUCAGCUCUGCCGGUGUCAUGUACUCACUGACCAAGAACUGCUCCGUGGGACAAUUCGAGAACUGCGGCUGCGACGAGUCUAAGAGAGGAGGCAAAACAGGAGGCGAGGACUGGAAGUGGGGCGGCUGCAGCGACAACAUCAAAUUCGGCGAGAAGAUUGCCAAGGUCUUUGUGGAUGGGAUGGAGCAGGGGCAAGACGCGCUGGCACUGAUGAAUCUUCACAACAACGACAUCGGUAGAAAGGCCGUUCGCCAGACCCUGACUCGUCGUUGCAAGUGUCACGGAGUUUCUGGUAGCUGCUCCAUCCAGACCUGCUGGGAUCAACUCGGCGCCUUCGGCAUCAUCGGUGAGGCUCUCAGGAAGCGCUACGAAACGGCUGUGUUGGUAGACUACGUCAGCGGCGGCCUGCAUCCCAACGAGAAGAAGGCACAGGAGGACCGGGCAGAAACCCAGAACGACCUAGUCUUCCUCCAGCCGUCCCCAAACUACUGCCACGUCAACUCCACCGUGGGGACCGCGGGCACGCUGGGACGGGAGUGCCUCAGAGGCCGUGGCACUGAGGUGACCGCGUGGGAAGCACGGAGCUGUAAGCGGCUCUGCUCCUCCUGCGGACUCGCCGUCCAACGCAGCAAGGUGGUGGUGUCUUCUAGCUGCAACUGCAAGUUCCACUGGUGUUGUGAGGUGCGAUGCGAAACCUGCACGCGAGAGGUCACCAAGCUGACUUGUGCACGGAAAAGCGAGUCCAGAACCAGACUAUAACAGCUCCGAACUCUAUACCAUAACUUAAACUAGAACUGCUUGCUAACUUGUGGCUACCUGAACCUGCAGCAUCGGAUACUUUGUGGUUAUCUAGUUAACUCCUAUUCGAUACUCUAAGUUUUAGAAUUGCGCUAUUAUCAUCUUAUUAACUAAAUCUUGAUUGUAGCUAAUCCUUAGAAUCGGCCGUCGUGUUUUCGAAUGCAACAUGCUUAAUUUAUUUUAGAUCUGAUUCAGUUAUUGCCUUCACUGUUAAAUGUACAGCUAAGUUUAAAAAGAAAUUGUAAAUAUGUAAAUCUUGAAAAUUAAUUAUUUUUUUGUCUAUCAUAGCGACAACUCUAUUGAGCUCAAAGUCUAGGAUUUGAGGGUAUUUUGCGGAUUGAGUAUUUUGAAUGAAAUAAUUUUCUUGACACUUGCAGAAUUUGAAGAUCAGAUUGAACAUAACAGUUUGAAACGUAACUGAAACGACUACAUGUACAUGUACACGCAUGUUUUUAUGAUUUUCUUCUAACCACACUUACUAUGUUGUUAUGUAUAUUUUGUAGGGUGUGUUUAAAUUUCCGCUGAAAUAAGUUCGAAUAAAAAGGCUUAAUAGUUAAAAAAAAA